AUGUUCGGGACAAUGAGGGCGAUGAGUGUCGGGGGUUUUAAGGACUCCCAGGCAAUGCAGCGAGAGAAGGACGCGAUUCGGGUGAUGCAGGGAGCUGCGUUGGUAGCGUCAAGAUUGAUCGAGAUGCAAGUUUCGACUAUGGCCUUCACCCCUCCCGCGGCUCAAGGGAGGAGAGGCACUUGGAAGGAGGAAGAAAACAAUGAAAUCGCCAAAGAUCGGGCAAGGAGAUCAUGGCCGAAAGCAGCAGACCUGGACAAGGAGUUCUUGUCCAAAUUUGCUCCAUUCAGUUCGCAUGCUCUGAAUCCAUACGUAAGGGAGAGGACUUCGAACGGGACGUGGGUGGAGGAGACGAAGAAGAAGUCAGACGAACAGGAUCGGAGUAAGGCCGACGAAAGACAUCUGCAGGAGGAAGAAGCGAGGAAUCUGAAGAAGGAUAGGGCUGAAGUAGCGGGAGAGACUGGGGGUAAGGAGGCUGCGAGUGCCCGAUCGACGGAGAUGGAGCGAGAAAGCAAAGAUGAAGGAGAGGGAAGGAGGAAGGUCAGCAGUCCUCUAGAUGAGCACACGGUGAAGGAGGCGAGUGUUGAGACUGUAUCCUCCUCCAAGAACCAGCAGCUCCCGCACGAGAACGUUGGCACCACGAAAGCAGCGGAGGCGCGUAGGGAGGCGGAGAGGCAGGAAAGGAGGAGGUCGAGCCACGUGCCAACCGGAAGGAUCCAGCGAGUAAGCAGCUUUGCGGGGCUAGGGAUCGGCAUGGCGCUCGGGACGGUGGGGGCGAUAGUUAACAAUGCGGUAAGGGGGAGGAUGGGGGCAGCGGGAGGACUGAAAGGGGCGAUCUUGAGCGAGGGGAACAGCAACCGCCUGACACUGGCGCUGUGCCGCAUGAGAGGAGCAGCGCUGAAACUCGGGCAGCUGCUGAGCAUACAGGACGAGCACGUGAUACCCAAGGAAUCUCCUCUUCGUCAGGUGAUCGACCGGGUGCGGGAGGAGGCGGAGCAGAUGCCGGCGGAUCAGCUGCUAAGGAUGAUGGAGGAGGAGCAGGAGCAGGAGCAGGAGCAGGAGCAGGAGAAGUAG